ACUUGUGUGUGCAGUGACCGAAUGGGAGCUUCGCGUUUGUUGCUUGUUAGAUUUGUAUAUUAGUGGAUAUGUUUGUGUAUUUUUUAAAAAUGGCUAAAUUGAGUGCUCAAGAUAAGGGCGACUCCCUCCGCAUCCCUUCGCAUCCCUUUGCUCCUGCGCGGGGGUCACGACCACAGCUGGUCACCCAGCAGCAUCCCUUUGCACCGCAUCCAACCAAAUUCCGCCCCUCGUUGCUCUCCUGCCUCUGUCUCCGUCUUCCCUCUCGUGCCUUCAGGUAUGUGAGGAGAGCAAGGCCAGCCGCGAUCGUAGCAGGGCCUCCUCUCCUGCCUUUUGGCCUGCCGCAACCGUCCCGUAAGUACAGCAAGAUUCUCGACAUCGAGCUCACGCUUCCGCCUCGCCCCCCUGGCUUCGCGUUCGUGGAGUUGGCGGACCCCAGGGAUGCGGAGGACGCUAUAAGAGAGCUGGCCAUGACUUGGACGGCCACAGGCUGCUAGUGGAGCUGGCGCAUGGGGGCUGCGGGGGUGGCAGCUUCGGGGAUCGCCGGGGGGACUUCCAGCUGAGCGGGGGCGGGACGUCUUGCAGGACUGAGUACGGCGGUGCGUUGGUUGGAGGCAUGUCGGUUGGUGCAUGGGAUGGUGAUGAGACAGCUUCGGUGGUGGCUGGUGGGAUUCCCAGCCGCGAGGGGGCGGGCCGUCUUGCAGGACUGAGUACCGCGGUGCGCUGUUUCUCUCCUUUUCCCAUCUGUGCAAUUCCUUGGACAUCUUCCAGUGAGCGCGGCGUCAGGAGACGGGUUAGCAAGUAGGAAAAAACAGUUGAAAACGAUGCUUAUGUAAACGCGAGUUUGGAGUAGUCGGAGCUCUUCCCUUAACAACCAAUUAAACAGGUGACAAACAUGUUUCGGCCGCAGGGCAUACCCUAGCGAGCCUUCUUCAGUGCCAAUGAGAAAGUAUGAGCAA